AUACUAAUUGUUCAACAGCAUCUCCGUGCUCGAGCUGCUCCGAAAUGUACUAACGCACCCUCGACAUUGUCACUGACCGACCUUCCAUAUCACAAUUAUUUCUACUCCGACUGCAAUGUCGCUGCUCAAGCUGUUGUUACCAGCCCGCAACCGGAUAGCGAUCUUUCAAUUAUUGGUCCACGGCUCAUCGUUGCAUGGCCAGCGGGUGACAGUGGUGCAUGUAUGUUCUUUGAGCCACAGAGUAGCGGGAACGGCACGCUCUCUAUUGAGCUGAUCAACUCUACCGUCGGCACACCUCUCGGGCCAGUAUACUCCGCUCCAAAGUCACCAAGCAAAAACCCUAGUGUUGGCGUUCAAGGUGUUCUUCGCUUUAACACUACUGCGACACUAAACUUGAGCAUCUUGGGAAGUAUCCGCACUAUCCGGGACUUUGUUGAGGGACCUAGCCUUCUGCAUCCAGAAUUUCAAGACGCGAUCAAAUACACAUCUGGCGAUGGAGGUGUAUCUCUGCAAAGAAUCUGGUUGGACAAUGUUACAACAACUCAUCUCAACUUCAGGCCUUUCAAGGAUUCAUCCGAGAAGAACAAUGGUCAAGUAAAGCUUUCGGAUCGAACCAUCAGCUUCGAUGCGGGAGAUUACGUUUUCUCAGCAGACAUCAACUAUCCUCAACUGACGGCACUCAAGCCUUCCUCGGUGCUCAAUGAGGCCUCCGCGAAUCUGACAGCUGAAAAGCCCGGUCAGGCUGCCGCGCUAUCAUUCCUUUCGUACUCCGAGAAAGUACUUGCCGGUGCGUGGCGAUUUUUGACUUACUUUGGCCGUGAUUCUAUGAUCGCAGCAUUGCUGCUUGAGCCGGUCUUGAGCUAUGGUGAAGGUAGUGCCAUGGAGGCUGUUAUUGGGGCUGUUCUGGAGCGAGUCAAUCGCACCGAUGGAACCGUCUGCCAUGAAGAAACGAUCGGGGACUAUGCAACCUGGACCAACGCCCAGAAGAAUGUUACUAGCAGCGCUAUGGGAUGUGACUACAAGAUGAUCGACACUGAUUAUUUCCUUCCGGUGUUGAUGGAGCGCUACCUGGUGCAAAACCCCAUUGGGAAGAACAGAUCUACUACCUUCUUCAACACUAUGGCAGGGUCUGUCAACCCUGCGAAUGCCAAUUUGACAUGGGGUGCCCUGGCAUUGAUCAGUUCGGAAAGAGUCAUGCGACUCGCUCGCCCAUUCUUCCACAACCAGACAAAAGAAAAUCUGAUCCGUCUGAACGAGGGCGAGGUAGUUGGAGAGUGGAGAGAUAGCACAUACGGUCUCGGGGGUGGCCAAAUUCCCUACGACGUGAACACAGCUCUUGUUCCGGCAGCUUUACGUGCUAUUGGCACUCUUGCUCGAUCUGGUCUCUACCCCAAACAGCGACAUUGGUCCACCCUGGCAAAUAAAUAUGCGAAAGUGUGGGAAGACUCAACGCUUUCAUUUUUCGCCGUCCAGAUCCCCCAGAAAAAGGCACAAGCUCUCGUUAAAAGCUAUGCGAACGCCUCCUUCCCCGGUCCGGAUCAAGCAUCUAGUAUAGACAGCGACAUCCACUUCCAUGCUGUGGCUCUCGAAGGCAGCAGCAACCUAUCGAAGGUCGAAGUCAUGAACACGGAUGAUGGUUUCCGGCACUUCCUUUUGAACACCACGAACGAUGCGCAGCUCACUCCGUUCCUAAAUCAAUCCGCUAAUAACAUCAAGCGUACCUUCCCGGCUGGAUUGAUGACAGGUGCUGGAAUGAUUGUUGCUAACCCUGCGUUUGGCGGUGAUCCCGUUUAUGCGCAAAACUUUACGACCGGUGCUUAUCACGGAACAGUCAUUUGGUCUUGGCAGCUUGCGAUGAUGGCAAAGGGAUUGGAGCAUCAACUGGGCAGGUGUGAGGUUACGUCAAACUUCUCCAUCUCCUCUCGAGUCAGGAGUCACCAGAGGGAUCGUGUUCCUCCUCCAGUCCCGGCUUUCUGCUUUGAUGACUCUGUUUAUUAUAAUGUCAAGGAGGCUUAUAAUACUCUUUGGGAUUCCAUUGAGGCCAACUCGGAGCAACUUUCGGCUGAGGUCUGGUCUUGGGUGUAUCGGGAUGGAAAAUUCGAUGUUACGCCUCUGGGAGUAUUGCCUGCGCCGCCGGGAGUAGGUGGUCAGACUGGUAUGUUCUAUGAUGGGGUGGUCUACUCUUUGGACGUAUGA